AUGUACUCAUCUUCGGCAGCCCAAAAGGCCAAACGGCGGACGCACACGCGACCAGAGCUCUCUGACGAACAAAAGCAAGAGAUAAAGGAGGCUUUUGAGCUGUUUGACACGGACAAGGAUGGCUGUGUUGACUACCACGAGCUGAAGGUUGCUAUGCGGGCAUUAGGCUUCGACAUGAAGAAGGCGGAGGUUUUGAAGAUUCUGCGAGACCAUGAUAAGACAGGUCAUGGUCUCAUGGACUUUGAAGAUUUCGCGAAAAUCAUGAGCGAACGAAUAUUGGCACGCGACCCUAUGGAGGAAAUCAGACGCGCCUUCCAAUUAUUUGACGACGAUAACACGGGCAAGAUCAGCCUUCGGAAUCUAAGACGCGUCGCGAAAGAAGUUGGUGACCGGUUAGAAGACGAUGAGCUACAAGCCAUGAUCGAUGAAUUCGAUCUGGACCAAGAUGGGGAAAUCAACGAGCAAGAAUUCUUUGCCAUAAUGACAGACGACGCAUGACGCUCGGCUGCACCCCAUCUCAGCUAUUUCUCGGACAUGUCCCUCACUUUCCAUAAUCUGCACGCAUAUCCCAUCCUCGCAUAUAUCCUCCGUUCUCCCUGUAUAUCGCUGUGUCAUCAUAUAUCUAUUCCCGCUGUUCAUCUUGUAUUAGCAUUCAUGCCUGUACAAUACAGACGCCCUCAUACCAUACACUCUUCCAAUCUCAAUUCAAUAGACUGG